CUCAGUGAAAACAGUCACGAGCUUCGAACUAGCAGUAGCAGCCAUCCUCAUCCUUUCAUCGUUGACCCCUCACACCCGCCCGAGUCUGCCUGAGUCCGGACGAAGACACACUACCCUUGGCAUGACUCGCGCGGUCCAGAACUACUGGGGAGAGCAUAGCCGACACCGUCCAUAAGUGAAUAGGCACCCGGCACAACGCCCAUGGCCAUGACCAUGGGGCAUGGGCAUGCAGGAUGGCCCCGCUUUGUGCCAGCAUUGCUUGCCGUAAUGGCCUAGGUUAAGCUUGGGUUCGGAAGCUAUAGGAUACGACACGUCUCUACUUUGACGCGUGUGCUCGUGCAAUAUCGACAACAUGGCAUUUGCUUUGAAGGGCGUUGCGUACAUCACCGGCGCUGGAUCAGGCAUUGGGCAAUAUACGGCCUAUGCCCUCGCACGACAAGGCGUUCGCUCGUUUGCGCUUCUUGACCGGAAUCCCAUCUCCCAAACAGUCAGCGAGCUCAAGCGGAUCUCACCAGACAUAUCCGUCAAAGAAUUCGAGCUCGAUGUGACCAAUGAGAAAGCCAUCGAUGACAGCAUUGAGAAGACGGUCAAGGAGUUUGGACGAUUGGACUAUGCAGUCAAUAAUGCUGGAAUUGGUGGCAUGAUCAAAACCACCGACCAAAUACCAAAGGAUGAUUUCGAAAAAGUCAUGGCAGUCAACACUACAGCUGUCUGGACAUGUCAGCGCGCCCAGAUUCGACAGAUGCUGAAGCAAGAAAAGCUCACAAACUCAUACCGCUCGUAUCGCGGUUCCAUCGUCAAUGUGGCCUCCAUGUACGGACUCGUCGCACCGCCGGACAACGUGCCCGUAACAGCGUAUGCUACUAGUAAGCACGCCGUGAUCGGGUUGACCAAAUCAGACGCCCUUGCCUUUGCGCAUAGGGGCAUCAAGAUCAAUGCGAUUGCACCAGGAUACGUCUUGACUCCGCUGGUGCAGCAGACCAUGGGCCAGGGCGACAUGAUGGAGGUUGAGAGGAAGAAGGUGCCUGUUCAUCGCUACUCGGAGAUGGAGGAGAUUGGCGACUGUAUUGCAUUCUUACAUUCCGAUGCUGCAAGCUACAUGGUUGGUGCAACACUCGUUGCAGAUGGCGGGUACACAAUUGUAUAGCAGUUCUUACAAAUGACGUCUCACUUUCAACCCCAUGAUCGCUAACCUAAAUAUUACUUCGCAAAUGAGAUAGAUUCGCCAG